AUGCUCGGUAAGAUUCAACUUAUCUUGGUAGGCUUCUCUACGUCGGUACUAAUUGUCAAUUCACAGUACCUGACAGUGGGCCCCUAUGGCUACAGCAGUGGGCAGUUUUAUGCAAUCGAUACGCUCGACCAAUCCGGUUUUCCUUCUGAAGAAGCACAGGGAAUGCUCCCCGAGAUGACCAUGCCCGAGGUGACCGUGUCUGAGACGACCGCCCCUGGGUUAAUGCUCUCCGAGAUGACGCUCGAUGAGAUUAUGGCUCUUGAUAUGAUGGUCUUUGGGGUGGUUCCUGACAUUUAUGCCGGCCAUGGCUAUGACCACCCACAGGAUCUUGAAGGUGCUCGCUACAAUGGUCAUAUGAAAGUUGAGACGGUUCCAAACGAAACUGCGGAUAGUAGCAGGGGUUUUAUCAUCCCGAUUGAUGAUGUCGCUGAUUUUAAGGAAGUUUCGGCCGAGUUCAAGGCAGAAUGA